AUGCGUCUCCUACUUCUUUCUUUGGGCGCGACGAUUGCGUCUCUCGCCUCGGCCUCGUUGCAGAUUGUUCCGGGUGGCACAUGGACUACACCAAAUGGCGAGCAUCUUCAAGCUCACGGGGCUGGUCUCAUUGUUGACAAUGGCACAUACUACAUGAUUGGAGAGGACAAGAGCGGGGGACACUCAUUCUCCAACGUCAACUGCUACUCCUCCACUGACCUGGUGCAAUGGACGCUCGUCGGUGCUCUUCUGACACGUCAAGCAUCCGGUGACCUCGGUCCAAAUCGUGUUGUCGAAAGACCAAAGGUAGUCUACAAUGACCGCACUCGAAAGUAUGUGCUCUGGAUGCACAUGGACAGCAGCAAUUACGGUGAAGCCAGAGUCGCCGUUGCCACUGGAGACUCGGUCUGUGGGAGGUACCAAUAUAUCAGGAGUUUCCAACCACUUGGACGAGAAAGCAGAGACAUGGGUCUUUUCAAGGAUGACGAUGGCAAAGGGUACCUGUUAACCGAAGAUAGGAAACAUGGACUUCGAAUCGUCGCACUUUCCGAUGACUAUCUUACUCCCACGACGGACGUAUUUUCCUGGCGCCUGGAGGGUGGAAAUCGCGUGGAAGCUCCUGCCAUGAUCAAACUUGGACGAACCUACUUCAUGUUUGCUUCAAUGAUGACGGGAUGGGACGCCAAUGAGAACCAGUACACCACCUCCACCUCUCUGUCUGGCGGCUGGUCUGCGUGGAGAAAGUUUGCCGAUAGCGGAUCCAAGACCUACAACUCCCAGACGACAUACAUUCUCAAGACAAGCGAGUCUAGUGCCAUCUACCUCGGCGAUCGGUGGAUGAAAGACAACUUGAUGGCGAGCACGUAUAUCUGGCUCCCACUGAGUAUCAGUGGAACUACCGUUACCAUGAAGAACUUUGUUAGCUGGGUCCCCGGAUCACCUGGAUUCUCCGCAUGGCAAAAUCCUCCUGCAGAAACAUCAUACGAAGGAGAAAAGGCAGUGUAUGGCGGAAAAGCAAGGAAUGUAGAUUGCUCGACCUGUUCUGGCAAAGUGACGGCUGGAUACAUUGGCGGCCCAGACCGGGGUAGCGUCACAUUCAACAACAUUCGCAGCGACAUCGACGGCUUGACUACAAUUCGGAUCAAGUUCCUCAACGGAGACAGCAGCCCGCGGUAUGCCAACGUUCGGGUUAAUGGCGACGGGGGGAGAAAGAUUGCCUUCCUACCAGCAAAGGGAGACCCGGCUUCUAGUACCCUUCACGCCAACUUGAGACGCGGUUCGAGUAACACAAUUGUCAUUGAGGGAUUUGGGAAUGGCUGGGGACCAGAUGUGGAUCGGUUGAUGGUUCCAGUGCAGUAG